AUUAACUGUCAUGACAUGACAUCUGUCACUCAAAACUUUGCAACUUGCAACCGAAAAACUUCACUCAUUUCCUCACUUUCCCUUCUAUCUUCAUUCUUCUCUUCUCUGAAUCAUUCAAACAUAACUGGUAAUUUCGAUCCGAAUAAUGUUUCAGGAAAUUCAUGUAAAGAGUUUAUCUUUCUGAAGAUGAGUGGAGAAGAAAACAAGAAAGUAAAAGCAAAGACUGAUAGUGAACUCUUUAUGAAUAAUGCCAACGAAUGCGAUUGGAAGAUUUUUAAAAGCGAAUCAUGUGCAGGUGCAAAUGCAGCUUCAAGAGCUGACAUGAAAUUAGCUACAACUGAUCCUCUAUCCGAAAUCGUUUGGUCUCCGGAAAAAGGUUUAAGUCUUAAAUGUGCUGAUAAAAACAGUUCUCUUUUUCGCGUUGUUGGACCGAGCUGUUAUAUGGUUCUUUCUCCGCCGCAAAGUGUUACUUAUUGCAACUCUAUCACUCAAGAGCCUAUAGCUGUCGCGUGUGUCGAUAGAGGUAAUGCAGAUACAAUGAGUGAUUCAGAUGUCAAGCCAGAUUCUAAAGUUGGAGAAGAAAAUAAUAUCGGUAAAGGAAAAAAGGUAGUAGAAAUAGAGGAUGAUUUACAUACCGUAGUUGAGCCUAUAUUUGAAUAUCGAGGCUCUGGUGAUCCGCGAACUAAUUUAGCGUCCUCCAGCCGAAAUCCCUUGGGAGAAUUUGAAUCUAGUGCCGAAAAUGAUAUAAGAAAUGUUGACGCUGAAGCUGCUUGUGCUGCAACAUGUGGAGUUAUUGUUAAGGAGAUUAAAAACGAAACUCAGGACAAUGAAAUGGUGCUACUUUCCGAUAAGGUUCUUCCGGUUUCACAUUCUCCAUGUAACAGUGGAAUUCGCGCGGCGGAAAACAAAGGCAAGGAAAAGUUCUUAUCAGACGGGGAUGCAAAUGUAAGAUUAUCAAUGGAUAGUGAGAGCAAUUCAAGUGUUGAAAGCUGUAACAGUGCUAGGUUUUUUUCCACAGGUAAAAAGCGGCGUAACUUUCAACAACAGAAGUUGGUAAUCGGGAGUAAAAGAGUGAAAAACAACGCUGAAGAAACUUCUGGUUCCAAAUCGUACGUUAAACAAGAAAGCUCAUUCAAUAAUUGGAUUUCAAGCAUGGUGAAAGGGCUCUCGCAAACUAUUCAAAAUGAUUCAAACACUUUAGCUCUUAGAAAUGCAAAUGCAGAUCAUCAUAAUGCACGGUUUGAAGAGAAACUUAUCACAUGCAGAACUAAUCAAGAUCCUGAACCGAAAAAUACAGGAUUCAGAUCCAUUUUUCAGUCCAUGUAUGGUCCAACCUUGAAGAAAGUAGGAACACGAAGGUUUCACCGAGAAGGAGAAAGUAACGAGGAUUUCGAGCCAAGUAACAUGGUACACGGAAUAAAUGCUACUCCAAUAACCUGUUUUCCAGAUAAUAAUAGCCUUGCCGAACGACAUUUUCAAUCAAACAAGUUUGAAGCAUCUACAGAUAGAUAUGAUGCUGGUCCGUCGCAGCCUAACAUUGAACCGUUGAAUUAUUUUAACAGUAAGGAAAGUAGAAAAAAUAAGCAACUAGGGAAUGAAAAUUGUUCAAACAUGGAUCUUAGUAAGGACAAGGAAGAAAUGGCAUCAAAUUCAUCUUCUGCCAGACAAAAUACUAACGAUUCUGAUAACAUAGAUUCCAAUGCACCAUCCGGAAGAAAGGAAACAGAGAAUAUCGAUCACAGAAGAGACAAUCCAGGAAGUCUGUGGCUAACUCGAUUUGCUCCGAAGUCAACUUCCCCUUUGUUCAACGACCUUUCAUCAUCACCAGGAUUCGCAAACUCAGAGCAAAUACCUGAAGUUAAAACCUUGGUCCAUGAUAGAAUCGAUAACGAAAUAGAUGAGAAUAUCAGUUUGAAGCAGAAAUCAAAUGAUUUUAUAGCUGUCAAGAUAGAAUGCAAUGCAUCAUGCAAGAAAAACUGCGGUUCUACUUCUUCAAAGGAAAACAAAUUCAAUGACAAGGCUAUUACAACAUCUCCAUUAAGAUUGGCUGAAAGGAAGAUCUCACAUAUGCCUGAGGAGAUCUUUGAUGCAGUGAAGAAGCUUCAAUUGUCCCGCUCCGAUAUCCUGAAAUGGAUAACUUCUCAUGGAUCGAUAUCUGAACUAGAUGGUUUUUUCUUGCGACUGCGGGUUGGGAAGUUGGAAGAAGGACUCGGGGGAACUGGAUACCAUGUAGCUUAUAUAAUUGACACCGGGAGACAUAGUUUGGAACAGCAUACCAGAAAAUCUCUGUCAGUGAAAGUAAAAGGAAUAGAGUGUAUGGUAGAAAGUCAUUAUAUAUCCAAUCAAGAAUUUCUUGAGGAAGAAAUCAUGGAAUGGUGGUCUAACACCUCAGAAGCAGGUGUUGAGAUUCCAUCUGAAGAAGAAUUGAUAUCAAAAUUUAAAAAGAAACAAUUGUUAGGCCUUUAGCCACUUGUCAAGUGUUGAUAUAUCAUAUAUGUAUAUCAUCACAAACAGCUAAUACUCUCAUAUUUUUUGUUUCUUAUUCAUAAAAAGUUGUAUAGAAAAUAAUACUGAUUCGACUCAAAAUAAGCACUCAUUACUGACUUAGUCUAAGUUCUGUUGUGCUGCAAUUCAUCAUUUAACAAUUGUAACAGAUUAAACCAAAAUAAAGAUCUUUUUUAGGCA